UUUCCAUCAUUUGGGGCUAACUGACGGCGUCACUCACUGGUAGGCGCAUUUGAGGAGAACACCGAACCUCCUCUCUCUCUCCCCAUCCAUCAGUACACGAACCCCACAUUCCCGUCUCACUCUUGACAAUCUCUUCGAUCCAUCAUGCACUCUGGAAGCCACUGAGAGCAGACAGAUGUUGCCGUGUGAAAUGCUCUUUCACCUCCUCUUGGUCGGAGUUUGCCUGUGCAUAUUUGGAAAUACGCUCCAGGAUAUCCAGAAGGAAAAUGAAAACUCACUCGGAGGGAGAUCCUUGAGGAUUGUGGGGCCAACCAAGGACAGUCUUGAUGCAGAAUCCAAGCCCGGAGCGCGAAAGAAGUUCCGGAGGAUGUUUGACAGAGAGAACAUCGACAAAGCUGUCCUGAAAAGAACACUGAGAGACACUUUGGGUGACAUCAAUGCCAUGCUGCAUGAAGAAGCAAGGGGGACUUCCUCCAUCAGAGCUCCAAAUCCAAGCAGUCCCAUCCCCAUACCUGUCUCUCUCACCACCCAGACCGUCACACCGUUUUCCACAUGGGAUCGUCAAGGUCCAGUCAUGCCCACUUCACCGGAACUCUUCUUUCCCGACAUGGGUGAGGACUCCAUGCUCAAAGAGGACAGCGUGGAGGGCCUGUGGACAGAGGCUCCCAGACCCAGCGGAGACACGGCACCGCCGCCAUCCCAAGAUGACACCACAGAGGGCACCAUGUCUUCCGAGUCCCUGCCUCUCAUCUUUGAGCCACUGGAAGAAUCCGUAACUCAGCUUCUGGCUGCCGUCAUGGCAACAGCAGUGACGCCGCUGUCAGGGACAGACUCGGAGCGAGUGGUCGCCACGGAGACAGACAAGCCACCACGCACAGGGUCCCUGAUGACGGCCGAUGGCCAGCUCCUGGACACCAGCAACCAAUCAGAUGAUCCGGGUGAGGAUGAGAGUUCAGAGGAAUUGAUGGAAGACGAGGGCAGCGAAGAGGACCCGACUGAGACAGCCCAAACUCCGUACAGCCUCAUCCCAGCACCUCCUGUCUGGGUGCAACACAACCAGGGCCUGAUGCACAGCUGGGUGGCGCUGAUCCGAGAAAAGGUAGGUUACGUUUCGGGCAUGUUAGCUCCGGUGGGCAUUGGCAUGGCGGGAGCCCUUCUGCUCGUGGGCGCCCUCUACAGCAUGAGGCGGAUCCAGCAACGGAGGCGGAACAGCUUUAAACGCAUGCGCAGGAAGGUCCGGCCCGCGGAGCAACCAGGCGAGACAUGCGCCGGCCGACAGGAUCAGGCCAUGCUGCUGGCAGACAGCUCUGAGGAUGAAUUCUGAUCCGAAAGACUGAGCCAAUCAAGGUCGCCAUGACAACAGCAUCCAUAUACCAUCGCCUCAGACAGCUUUAUAUUCCCAGACAACCUCACGCGGGAACUCUUAUUACAUGUUUAAAAAAAUGCUGUGUGGCCACAUGACACACAUUUCACAUAAAAGAAAAGAGAAUCAAUGAAAAGGUACACAAAGUAAAUACAGUGUAGUGCCUGUAAAUGUAUUAGGGUAAAUACGACUGUAUUCACCCAGACUUAAGAGUAGGGCAACAAGAAAGCAAAAGAGCAAAAAUAUGGCACUGAUUAGAUGCUAAUGAUGCCAAUUAUGUUGUUAGCCCAGCACUGUUCAAAUACAGCAGUGGGUUGCAGUUUGGAAAAAAGUCUUGGAUUUUGAUCCUUGACACAUGGCUACUUUAAGCUGCAUUAAAAAAUGUUAACGACAUUUCAAAACACAUUUUCCUUUGUAUUAGGUUUGCUUUGUUGUUAACAGGGCUAGCUUAUCAAACCGAGGUGGUAUCUUAAAUUUAAGAUGUUUCUUAUUUUCAGCUUUUCAACAGUAAAUGUUUCAAAUGUAGCGUAAAUCACUGGACUACCCCAGUUGUCUCUCUCGUGUUAUUGUUGGUGACCAGGUGUGACAGAUUAUCAUUUUGCAAUUUUGAAGUCCAAUCUCAUAAUAAUUUAGGAGACAUUUUGUUUUCACCUGCAAGAUCUUUCAGUCCAUACUCAUGGAAUACAUCGUUAGGUACCCCCACACAUCAACCAUGAAUCUAACGAGAUGCAUUAUUUGAGCUGACUUUUUUGGAUCUGAUUUGAUUGUUGUAUUUUUCAUAUCUUCAUUGUUGAACCGUAUGUGUUCAUGCAAAAAUACUAUGCUAAGAUAUAAAACAUGUUUUGCCUUGUGUUUUUUUUCCAUUU